UGCUAAUCAUUUUUGCAAUACCCCGGUCCUUUCUCAAAACCUUCUGUGUCGCCUUUUCCUGGUCGUUUUUCGACGCUUCCCGUUCCAGACUUUUGUAUCCGGUCUCUUCAAGUACGGCGAGUCGACCUACCGAGACGUCGCUCCCUGGUCCUGUGAAUCCUUCCUCCCCGCGCUUAAUUUCUUCUGCCUUCCCAUUCCAUGCUAAUUCCAUUUACAAGAACAGACCAUUGACCAAGCCCAUCCCGCUUUUUCGUCGUGCUGCUAUACUCAGGGCACGCUUCCAUUGCCCUCUUCCAGCACUCCAGCCGUCUAUUUCUAGCUGUUCGCUUAAUUAAGCUUAACAUCCCUUACGGUGCCUUGGCGGGAUCAUGUCGCCAUCGAGACAAUAGCUGUCCAAGCGUCUCCAGCUGACGGUCCUUUAUCGAGGCCGCUAAUUCCACCCCAAGGAUUCUCACCUUCCCCUCUAAGCCCGAAGAGUUUGUCGCGAUGGCAGGUGAGACCAAGGCACCGCAGCUCAUUGCCUCGGUGUCGGUCUUUCUGCCGCUCGCAAUCGCUGCGGUCGUGAUGCGUAUCUGGGUUCGCAUCAAGAUGAUUCGUAACUUUGGAUGGGACGAUGUCAUGAUGGUUGUGGCCUUGCUUAACUUUGCCAUGUACUGCAGUGCUUUGAUGGUCAUCGUUGCGAAUGGCGGCGGAACACAUCUGGCACACCUCAAAAACAUUCGCCUAGGGAUCAUUUUCACAGUCGUGGCCGAAGUCUCCUACCUAACUACCAUCCUCUUCCUCAAGAUCUCACUUGGACUCUUCUUUCUGCGGGUCGUUCAGUCGAAAUGGCAACGUAGAGCUAUCUACGGAGUGGUAAUCAUGUCCACUCUCAUUCAAGCUUACCAUGCGCUGUUCUAUAUCUUCGCGUGCGGCAACCCAAGAUACUACCCUGAACACAUCCUUGCCGACAAAUGCAUACCAGGCCGCAUUCAAGUCGAUCUAGCAUAUGAACAAGCCGCAGUGACCACUGCCACGGACCUAUUCUUUGCCCUCAUACCGAUUCCCCUCUUAUGGGAUACAACUCUCGAUCGCCGGUCGAAGCUGUCGGUAGCUUUUGUACUUCUUCUCGGAACUGCCGGCAUCGUUUGUUCUGUAGUACGUUUCAAGUAUAUCAACGGAUUGGGAAGCAUGCACGACUUCUUUUGGACCGCUGCGAACAUAUCACUCUGGAGCCUUUUCGAGAUGGCAACCGGUAUCAUUGCCGGUUCCCUGGCUACCAUGCGGCCGCUCUUCAAACGAUUGAUGUACAAGGCGCGUACGAUCACCCAAGUUGGAAAGACGAGGAAGAGUGGCGAUACUGGACACGAUGCCUCACGGACACGAAUGCUCUCCAAGAAGAAGUCAUACGGGUCGUCGACCAGCAAGUCGCAGAACGCAAUGUCGAUGUGGUCAAAGUCGGUUGACCCAAAUCGGAGCUAUGCCGCGACAAUUACGGGCGGCUGCGACCAUGAUGAUACGGACUCCUUGUCGGAUUUUGACGAGGAACGCGGUGCACAGCUUGUGAACCUGCGUGACGAAAACAUAUACUCCAAAGAUAUAUGGAGCAAGGACCCUGAACGCUCUAGAAUUUGGCCUUUCGAUGACAGUCAGUCGAUACGUAAGAUGGUGCAGGUGGAGGUCAGAUCCAGUCAGGAGAGCGAGCAACCGUGGGCUGCCGCAAACACCGAGAGCUGGAACGCAAGAAUGCAAGCCAUAUUACGGCCGCCUCCAAGGAUCAGGAAAGGCAGCAAGGACGACGAUUCUAUUCCUGAGUGGGAGAAACUCCCUGAUCUCAUCCCUCCGAGCAGGAAAGGCAGUUCGGAUUCACAGAGCAGAGAUCCACCGCUAGUGCGUAUCACGACGCGAUGAUCUGAGGGAGAACGACGAAGACGAGCACGUGUAUCACGAGAAGAUAGAUGAGGAGAUUGGUCUACUCCGCUUAAUCACGAAGUGAGGCGGAUGGCCUAUGUAAAACAUUUGCAUAUGUGGUGGCUUUGUGAUGUAAGACUUAAGGAUGCAUUUGAGAUACCCGAGACUUUGGACUAGCAUAGGCAUGAAUGUAACGAGUUUCUUGCG